CCCUUUUCUCCUCACCACUCAGAAUUCACGUUGAAGCUUCCAGUAAUAUCCCACGAACCUCAGCAAGAACCCACCUCCAACUUAUAUUUCUAUAAAACAAGCCAGUGCUGCAAUCUCUUCCUCACAACCCUAUCUUGUUAGAUAUGUCCGAUAUGUCAAAUAGUAGUGUAAAAUUUCCGCCCCAGGACUCGCCUGAGAGUGACUACACCGCCGAGCUGACCAAUUUCGAGUUAUCGGAUUACUUAACAUUUGAUCAGUGGCUAGAGGACGAUCAAGCGGUCACAAUUUUCGGGGCUGUCCAGAAUCCGGUUUAUCGAGCAAAUGAAGUUAUUGGAUCCGAAGUUAGCCAAACUGAAGGGCCAAGCAACACCAAUGAAAGUGGCGGGGAAAGAAAGAGAGUUGCAUUCAAGACGAAAUCAGAGAUUGAGAUACUGGAUGAUGGAUACAGGUGGAGGAAAUACGGGAAGAAAAUGGUGAAGAACAGCCCGAAUCCCAGGAACUACUAUAAAUGCUCGAUGGAAGGAUGCCCAGUGAAGAAAAGAAUUGAGAGAGAUAGAGAAGAUCCAAGUUAUGUAAUUACAACAUAUGAAGGUUUUCACACUCAUCCAAGCUCCAGCUAGGUUUUCGAAUUCUUCUCUGCAAAUAUUAUUACUGCUUCACCCAUGCACGUCUGUAAAAGGGAAGAAGAACCAGUGUUAAGCUACAAUUUGUGGACAAUUCAGCCGGGCUAAGCAAAGCAGUAUGUUCUUGAAAUUUUGUAAUAUAAUUUUGCAUGUAUAAUUAAUCAUUAAGGUCUUAGAAAUUAGGUUAAUGAAACUCUGGUCAAUUUCACUGCAUUAUUGUCGAGCUCUAUAUGCCCACUUUUGGCUCUCAUAAUAUAUGUAUUUACUAUAAUAGAAAUAAUACAUUUGCAUGGUAAGUUUCAUUGAA